GACGCGUGUACGCUCUUGACAGCUGUCUGUGUGGGCGUGUGUGGCGUCGAUGUUGGCCAUGAUUGUGUCCAUUCGGGGAAUUGAUUGGACCGCAUGACUGGGGAACUGGGGAACUCAUUGGACCGCAUGACUGGAACCUUUGCCCCAGACCGCACAAUGUACCCCAAAGCCUGUAUCCAGGCCGUCUAUCACGCAGUCUGUCCUUCUCUUUCUCUCUCUCCUCCCUUCCGACCCGCUGGUGCCGGUUGAUGGGGAGGAUGUCGGCCUUCAGGAUGUGUCUUCCUGCAGCAUUGAGCGCGCUCGCCUUCUGCACGACAACGGGGGAUGCCUUGGUCUCGUCCGCAGGAGCAGGGCGUUGCAGCGGUGGGCAUGGUGGACACCACCUGCAAUCGCGUUCUUCAGGGUGGCACAGGGUUACGGCGCUGGGCAAGGUGGAGACAACCAUGACCAACGCAGCAGCCCUACCCGCCGACGCAUCACGGUUCCAAGCUGGCGGCAAUAGCGGCGGCAGCGUUGAGGAUGCGGGCAAAAUCAACGGACGGGGGGUUUCUAAGGUGUGGGGGCGGUACCUCCAUGCCCUCGAAAAUAGACCGCUGCUGACCAAGUCCCUGUCAUCCGGGGUCAUCUCGGGCACGGCCAACCUGAUCGAGCAAACCCUCAGCCCGGCCGCUUUCAGCUUGGUGGAUUGGACCGCGUUCACUCUCGUCGGCGCGAUCUUCAUCGGGACGGUCCUGCACCACUGGUACGGCUUCCUCGAGAGGAUAGGUAACUCUGAGGCGAUCACGUCCAGGAUAAAGAGCAAGUGGGGGCGUAUUGUGUUGCAGGUGGUGCUGGACCAGACUAUCGGUGCCUCUCUCGUGAAUAGCGGCUACUUUGCUUGCCACGCGGUCUUUUUGGCCGGUCUCACAGGGAGAGCGUUCCCGCUUCCGGAGCUGGGUUCGGCUAUUGUAGAGAAGGUGACCAGCAGAUACGUGGUGAUGAUGAUGAACAACUUCAGGCUCUGGCCGUGGGUCAGCUUCGUGAACUUCGCCUUCAUCCCGGCAGACCUGCGGGUGCUGGUGUCGAACGUUGUGGCGGUUCUUUGGGGCUACUUGAUGAGCAAGUGGUGCCGGUGAAAACGGCAUCGACAAUUUCUGCUGUAGCAAGUAGCCCUUGGACCAUGGGGAGUGUGAAGCGCAGCACACGCACACAGAUCCGUACAACAGCACCCGGGGGGUUUCUCUUGGACGUGCACUCGGUGAAGUUCAAGGGUAGGACGACGCAAGUGGGGUCCCGCAACGGCGAAUUGACGCCUUUAAAAAGCCCCUUGGCGCUUGAUCAUUUGUGAAUUCAUUUGGACGGUGUGUUGCGUUCCAUUGUUUUUUGCCAAGUGCAUAUCUCGUAAUGUUGUAAUUCUGCUCGGUAGCAUGACAGGUUAGGAAAACUGUGUUUGGUUCAGAUUCGAAUUUUUGUAGUCCUCUUUGAUGGCACAAUAGGUUAGGAAACCGUCGCGGCAGUUGUCCACACGCGAAAGAACGAACGGAUCCUCACGCGUGGAUGGAUGGCUUGUAGAAACUAGAGUAGUAGCGCAGUUCGUUGUACGCAGGCGGCAGGUAUCUCCUUGGAGAUGUAGUUCUUGUUUGCCGUCUGGGGAAGGGUUUCUGCUCGAUACGUCUCUCCCUCAUCGUGUGUUCGGCCGGGUAGGUUGCCUAUCACAACCAGGAUAGGAUUAUUCACGAGCGUCGAUGUUUUUGUCGCGAAAUUUCGUUUAAUUGUGCUGAAGGAAUAGUCUGCCAGAAAAUGACUUGGGAUUGCUUGCGGCGUGCGGCGGUAGAUGACACUUCGGUGUGUACUAUAAUAUAAAUGC